AUGCCUUGCUUGGCUUCCCCGAAUUACCGGAUUACCCUCGGUAAUCUGGAGUUUCCUUCCUCUCUCGCGAAAAAAAGUCGAGAGAGAGAGAAGAAAACGAACUCCCGCGAGCUCCUCCACAAGUUCCCUCUCCUUGCUUCUCUAUCCAUGGCCGCUGCAACCGCGCUCCACUCCCUCUCCUCUCUCUCUCUUCCCACGUCGUCCCCCUCGCCGCCGGGCCACGCGCCGCCGUUCCUCUGCACCUGCUGCUGCGGCGGCGGCGGCCUCCAGCACCCGCCGCCGGUCCCCGCGCUCGUCUGCUCCUGCCGCCCCGAGCUCGGGCCGCUCCGGCCGGCGGGCGGCGACCUCCUGCUCGCCCGCCCCCUCUUGCUGUUCGGCGGGCUCGACAGGACGCUGGACACGCAGACCGUGCUCGCCACCGUGAGUGUCCUCGCCGCCAUUGCCCUCUCUCUGGUCCUCGGUCUCAAGGGCGAACCUGUGCCUUGUGACCGAUGCGCUGGCAAUGGUGGCACAAAAUGCGUUUUUUGUGAGAAUGGAAAGAUGAAGCAGGAAACAGGCUUGGUGGACUGCAAAGUUUGCAAGGGGGCAGGAUUGAUUUUCUGCAAGAAGUGUGGGGGUUCUGGAUACUCUAGACGUCUAUGAGGUCUAAUUAGACAUUUGAUCUUUCUCUUGUUUCAGUUUCCUUAUUUGUCAAAAAUUAUUUACCAGGAUAUUCUUCUCUGUCACUCUACUUUUGGCCCAUGAGAAUCUGCAGUGAGGGGGAGCUGGUAAAUGAAUGUAGUUUGUAAAGUUUAAUGUCAUUUUGCCUCCUAAAUGCAAUUCAUUUUUUUUUUAACACCGCCCCUUCAUAGCUUAAACACGAUGGUUGUUCAGAUGGAAAGUCGCAUUUGUUUUCUACUGUUAA